GCUGAAACUUUCGGCUAAAUAAAAAUGCAGACCGGAAAUCCACAACGUUAAAGAUAUGUCUAUAUACCAACAUCUAUAAAUUAGACGAAAAUUUCAAAGUUCUUAACAAUCCAAACGUGCACUUGAUUCAAUCAUGGCGAAGCAGACCCGCCCCUCGGAACCAAUUCGCGAUUUGAUGAAAUAUUUAAGCUUUACUGAAGGCAGAGAUAAGAUUUACAGAAUCACCCAGUAUGCCACAAGAUUUAUUCUCUGGUAUUAUGGCAACAAUAAAGCAAGCCAAUUCAACCUUGAGAGGAUAAAGAAUCUAGAAUCGACAGUUACAAAUUCAAGAAAAUUGUUUCGUAUGCUGAGGUCCGUUGAGUUCUUGCAGAGAGCACUAGAUUCAUUGGCAUCAAGUGACAAUACAGAGGCUAGCUUGCAACUCAUUGGAUACCUUGGCAAAAGUUUGUGGCUUUUGACAGAUCAUGUUGUAUGGUUGCACAAAGUAAAAGUCUGUGAGGUGAACAUUAAAAGAUGGGCUGAUAAUUCUGCCAGGGCCUGGCUGAUAGGUCUCCUCGCUCUCACUCUCAGAGACCUUUACAAACUGCAGAAGCUUUCUCUCAGCCUCAAGGAACUUAAAAGAGCAGGUGAGCCGGUGCCACGCCAACGGCUAGAGUCCGACAUCACCAAGGCAAGGCUUCAGUUCGUUUUGGACUUCUCUGAUGUAUUCAUUCCUUUGGCUGCCCUUGGCUAUGUCAACAAGGGUGUUGGAUCUGCUGGCGGAGUCAUCGCUUCUGUCAUUGGGCUUUACCUUGUUUGGCAGAAAAAUGUGCCUUGCAAAUGAAGAGACAGACAUUCAUGUAUGAAGUACAGGCGUGUGCCAUUUUGUGAAUGGUAGCAUAUAAUGAUGGGGAAGUCAAUAUCAUAAUACCUUUUUUCACUUGCUGAGAUAAUAGAGUAUCAUACCAUUUGCAGUAUUAACUCAUUUUGAAUGAGCUAUUAAGACUGAUUAUCUUCCGUUUCUGUAAGGCUAACUGUGGCAGUGGAUUUGUCUCCUAAAUUAUAUCUUCUGAUGUUAACAAAGCCACAAUGUUAUUGAUAAUGAUGGAUAAUUGGUGUAGAAACAAAUUAUCAUAAUUAUAUGACAAAAUUAUUUUUCUCAUGAUCAUGUAAACUAAUUUAAAUUGUUUAUACCAAUAUUCCUUGCCUUAUUGGGGCGGAUCCAGGAAAAAAGGUAAUCACUUGUGUUAUAACGGCUGUGCCCCCCCUUGGAUUUGCCAGUGCUUAUGAUGUAACUUUCUUGUGUUUCAAAUUCAGGAGCAUGAUAAGUAUGUUAAUAUCUUGAACAUUAGAUUUUUUUUUAAUAUCAAAAGCUCUGUAGAGUAUUUUAUUAUUCGAAUGAUCAAUGACCCAGAAAAAAAAAAUUGACCGAGCACUGCCUUGAACAUAUAAGUUUGUACAGAAAGAAUAGAAAAGCAAAUAGAUGUUUCGUUCAAAAUGAAUCGUUUAACUAUCUUCAGGACAUAUAGAUGAGAUGAGCAGGUUGAGAAUGCUGAUGAUCAAGGGCUGUAGAGACCAUGCAAUUUGCAUAGGUAGUAAACUCCCUUUAACAGUACUUUUGACCCAAUAUGUUGACAUGAUUCACAGAUGAGAGAUACAUAUGCAGCAAAUAUUGAUUAUCUAUUUCUUUUCCUGGAUAAGGCAUUAUAAGCAUAGAGGUACACUGAAACUGUUCAUAAUAAAAUUAUUAUUCAAAGCUCCUCACUAAAGUUUUUUUUGGUGGUUAUAGACUGUUCGGGCUACCAAGACUAUCAUGUUUUAUUUUUGGUGGCCCCAAAAUAUAUUAAAAAACAUUUAAAAAUAGACCUUAUAAAAACAUAAUUAAAAACCCCCUUUUAAGCCUUUAACUUUACGUCAGUUUCAGGUUGUACCAUGUUUCAUACACAGAAGUAAAUUUUGAUUGUGAUUUUAAUAUCAUUUUUGGAAUCAUUUAAUUUCAUCAAGAAUUGAAAAAAAAUUGUAUGUUGCAUUUAUGAAACACAUUUGAAGAAAUUAAUUACUAGUGUUGGUAAGUGUGAGGGAGUGAGCUUGUAUUUAGCAGUAGCCUGGGGCCACCAGAAAUUUACCACAAGCUACUAUUAUUGAAAGAUGCUAAAUUUUGCUGGCACUUUCCAUAAUUGCCAAUAAUUCUUCCUUUUCUUUGUAAAUCCAUUUAUUGUGUGUGUCUUAGUAAAAUUGUCCUUUUUCAACUUGCAACCGUAUAUUGAAAUAAAACAGUAAAAUUCAA